GACAAAUGCGGGGGGCGUGAACGCAGCUUGGGCCGCCAAAGGCGCCCGUCGCCCACCUGCGAAACAUUUUGCUCCAAUCCAGAGAGACCGAAGGGAAGACCGUCUUCCUCCCUUUCAAAUGACAUCCGAAGCGGAGCAGCAGCAGCGGCAGCAGUAGCAGCAACCCCAUCUGAAGGGAAGCAGAAGCAACAAAAAAUCCCCGAAUCUGGACAGAUCGAUCGAUGCGGCUGAUUCUCCGUCAUCCGUGCCCCCUCUCCCCGUUCCAAUUCUUUCGCCAUAUUCUAGUAGCUGCUGCUCUCGCGAGAGUCCAAGUUUCUUCUCUAUCCUAAGCCCUAAUCGAGAGCAAAAAAAAAGGAUAAAGUGACGACAAAAAAGUGGGAGCAAGGAAAAGGGGGAUUCCGAUGGCGAGUCGGGUGAGGGAGGAUGAGAAGAACGAAAGGAUCAUCCGCGGGCUCCUGAAGCUUCCUGCAAAUCGGAGAUGCAUCAACUGCAAUAGUCUGGGGCCUCAAUAUGUAUGCACAAAUUUCUGGACAUUCAUAUGUACAAAUUGUAGCGGAAUACAUCGAGAGUUCACACACCGCGUAAAGUCUAUAUCCAUGGCCAAAUUUACUUCACAGGAAGUUUCUGCUCUUCAAGAAGGAGGGAAUGAGCGUGCUAAAGAAAUUUAUUUCAAAGAGUGGGACCCACAGCAUCAUUCCUUUCCUGAUAACAGUAAUAUUGACAGACUUAGAGAAUUCAUUAAGCAUGUCUAUGUGGACCGGAGAUAUGCAGGGGAAAGAAGUUUUGACAGACCUCCAAGAGUGAAGGGUGAUAUUGAAGAUUCUUAUUUAAAUAGGGGUUCCAAAAGCCCACCAUAUGAUGAUACAAAUGGGCGAAGUUAUGGUGAACGACCUGGUUCUGCAAGUCCUGCAUACAACUACAGAACAAGCCCUGGUCGCUUUGACAGAGAUGAUAAAUCUGUACACAGAAAUCAAGAGCGCAAUAUUGUGGACCAGCAGUUUCCUGAUGGUCCAAAGAUUGAGGAGAGGUCACAAAACCAACAGAAAGAUGUUGAUGCAUCUAAAUCUCCUGUGGUACAACCUGUUGGAGGAGUCAUCAAUGUUCCACCUGCUCCAAUUGGUGACCCUGCAAAACCAAGUGGACUUCAAUUCCCUCGUACUUCUGCACCUAUACAGGUGAAAUUUAUAGUGUCUAAUAAUACAGUAUUUCUGGCACAUUCAUGUGCUUUUUAUGUAAAUUAAUCUUGUCUGCAUGUG